AUGUCCAGGUCCCCCGAGCGUUCUCCAACUCCCAGUCCAGGGCCUCAUGCUUCCUCCUGGGCCCCAUGUUCUCCCCAUCCGAGCCCUCAAAAUCUUGAAUUCAGCCUGACCACAAGAAACAAUGCUGCUCCUGACCUGCAGGACAUGGCAGCGUGCAAUGACAAUUCUUCAGAUGUCAGAAGUGAUCCCAAUGGAGGGAUGGCCAUUCUUGGACUGGAUAGGGAAGUUGAGACAGCCUGGGAGGACGGACUUGAAGGAUAUGGAGUCAAGGUUAGAGGGUGGACCGAGCUGAGAGAGCAGAUCAAACAUGAUCUCUCGAAGAAAGCAAAAACAUUACCCUUGUCACAUGCCAACCAGCUUUUGUUGAUCCAAAAUUUUGCUACACUUCAUCUGAAGGGACUUGGCCGAAUUGAUGCAAGCUUGGAGAUUGCACGACAGUGGCAUGAAGGUCAAGGUACUCAUUUUGCACGGAAGGUUUGUGCACUCGCACGCUAUUAUCAAGUAUUUGAACAGCUUCCCAUCAAAAAGUGUGGAGGGAGAGCAAAUGCCCUCAGCCUCCUCAAAGAUGAACGACUUCAACUUGCUGCUCAACAAUGGCUCAAUUCACAGAAAGUGGGUCAAAUCACCCCACAUUGCUUUCAGCAUGCUCUCAAUGAUACAAUCCUUCCAUCACUAAAUAUUACGCUUGCUAAGCCAUUGUGUGAACGAACUGCCCAGCGAUGGUUGCUCAAAUUGGGGUGGCAACUGACAAGAUUGUGGAAGGGUGUUUACAUGGAUGGACAUGAACGUAAGGACGUGAAGAAAUAUUAA